UUUUUACAUUUAUUCACGCCCCUGUCAGAUUUGGUAAACCUCUUUUUCUCUUAUUCAUCGUUAACCCAUUUAGGCUGAAGUCGGCAUGUUGAUCAUUUCACCCAUUUUAAGGAAACAAGCUCUCAUUUCCAAACGACAACAAGCUUCUAGCAUAUUACAACCACUUCGAAGAUGGAAUCAUACAAACACUUCUGCUGCUGUUACUACUACGACGGAUAUCGUACCAGACGACCCUAUUCAUAGGGUUGAUUUAAGGGUAGGAAAAAUCGUGGAUAUCAAAGACCAUCCCGAAGCAAAACAUUUAUUUAUCGAACAAGGUCAGCUUUAUGAGCAAAUCUAUGGCAUAGCACAAUGUAUGAAGAGUAAAGCAGUGUUAUAACACCCUUUAUUUCGUUAUUUCAGUCGAUUUGAAUUCUGAAUCUACAGAAAAUAUGCCAAAUCCACGUACUAUUGUCAGCGGCCUUGCACCUUUCAUGCAAAAAGAAUCAUUACUAGUAAGGGAAUAAAGAUAUACAUCAAAGGCUAAAUAGCAGACGAUGUGAUA